AUGGAUAAUAAUGAAGUGAAAUUACUAGGAAAUGAUGGGGAGGUAGAUCUGUUUUGUUUAAAUGAGAGAAGACACCUACCAGCAUCAAAGCUCUCAACUAAUGAAUGGAUAAGUGAUAUUAAUACUACACUACAAUAUAAGUUAUCAAGUUGUUGGAUGAUUCUUGUUUGUGUAGAUCCGUUAACUAAUGUGUUCAAUAAUGCUGACAAUGAAAGUACAGAAAUAUUAUUUGAGAUUCUGAGUUCUGUCUUGUACUAUGGCGAAUUACAACCUUCUUUAGUGGCUGAAUUUUUAGAAAAUAGUGCAGUUUUAGCUUAUAUGAAAAUUAUGAAAGCUCUAGGAGCAAGUUUUAGUGAUUCCGAUAAAAUAGAUAUUUCAUCUCUACCAUUGGAUAGCUUAAAUAAAAGAUUCUUAGAAACCACUACUAACUUCAAUAAUUGUAGCCCAAAUGACAUAAAUGAAUUAGAUGAAUUCUUGUCAUUUGAUGAUUUUACUGCAAAUUACUUAACUCCUAAGAUUAUGGAUACAAUUUGGCUUUUACAAAUGGGAUUUAAUGAUAAGGAAGUAUCUAGAAGGUCUAUCUGGACAGAAUUUAUUCAACGUCUUGAGCGUGGAAAUAUUGUACCACGAGUGCAUAAUAUAUCAAAUAUUCCAAAACUAAUCAAGCUAAUAUGUAUUAAAGAUAUAGUUGCAUAUCUAGAUUUGGGACGUACAGAUUUUAUGGGAAUUACUCACUCAAUGAUAUCAACAAAGGAUAGACUACAACAAAAAUAUGUACGUGAGAGAACUAGGCUUUGUUUCACAGUUAACUCAUAUACUACUCAAAGAGAGUGUUUAAAAGGUUACUCUACUUUGAUAAUAUCGGUAAAAACAUUAUUUGAUAGCCAUCUUGCUAAAGAAGUUGAACAAAGCAUAGAACAAUCUUUUGAAGUAGAGGGAAUUACUACUAAUUCAUUAUAUAUAGAUUUAGAUAUGAAUAUUAUUUUGAGUAUCAUUUCAGAGUAUGAUUUGUCAAUUCAUCGUUCUAUUGGUAUAAUAUUUGAGGUAUUUAUAGCAUUUACUUCAUCUGACUUGAAUAUUCGAAAAUCUAAAGAUUAUAAAGAUAUAUGCAAAAUAUUAGGAAAACUUCUCAAUUUAUUUCCUACUAAAAUUGUUAAAAAAUCCUUCAUUAUAUUUACCGAGUAUAUCCCUAAAAUAAGAUCUAAACUGAAGGAAAUAUCUGAAUUCUUUUCUAAUAAUUCCGAACCUAAAACAAAUAAAAUUAACCCUAAUUCAAAUCUUAAAGAGAAUAAUUUAAUUAAGGAGCCCAACAAAGGAGAUUUGACUUUUCCAUGCAUUGGUGAAGAUAAAGUACUUUAUCAACCUUGGUUAUUGUAUUCUCAAGAUACUAUGGAAUUUCCUAAUUUUGAGUUUUUUUUGUUAUGUGCCUAUCUAGUAAAAAAUAAGUGGAUAGAAUUUGAUGUGCACCUAAAGCAGCUAGUGGAUUCGUGGGAUGAAAUGACUUGGAAUGAAUAUUUGAAGGAAUCUGUUGACACAAAAGAGGAUUGUGAUAAUAAUAAAGAUUCUAUGGAUGAAUACACUAUCUAUAUUGAAGAGUUCAAUUUAGAGGAUAGGUCUGACAUUUCCUUCUUUUCAAUUAAAACAUUGUGGAAUCUUAGAAAUCUAUACAAACUAUAUCAAAGUUUGUAUAAUGAGGAGACAAAACUCAAAACUGAUACUGAAGAGUGCAAAACUUCAAAUCAUGUAGACAAUAUUUCAUUCAAAUUAGUCAAAGGUAUCCUAUUGGGAAAAUCUAAACAUUCUCCAAUAGAAGUGUCUGAGCAAGCAAUCGAUUUUGCAAAAAUUUCUGAAGCUUUAUCUAAAUAUCUUAUACUACCUUCACUAACCUUAAUGUCAGCCUUUGUUUGUAUUUAUCAAGCUUCAAUUGGGGAAGAUACUUCAUUAUUUAUUGACGACCCUUCACAUGAAACUGAAAAAGCUCUAAAUACUCCACCUCAUAUCUUAGCUAUCUCUGAGUUAUAUGAACUAGCCUCAUUUCCCCCAUGUAUAGCUGAUUAUGUUUGUGAUUCAUUUGCAAAAACUAUAGAAAUAAUACUUGAAGCAACUAAAAUAAAAAUAACCAAUUGUCUAUCUUCGCAAGUUGCAGAACUUUAUAAACAAUUUGCAUAUAAUUUAGUACCUUGGAUUGAAAAAUAUUGUCAAUACUAUCUUUUUAAACGACAUUGUAAAUGUAUAAAGCUUGUACUUGAAAUUAUCAAUUCAUUUCUUAAAUAUAAGGACCAGUUAGAUGAUUACUUUCAAAUUUCUGGAGAUAUGAAAGUAAAUUAUAUAGAUCCUUUGAAACUUUUAUUAGAACUGUCAUUAUCUAUCAUAUUCCCUUCAGUCUCCUAUUUACCCAGAAAUCGUUGUAUACCCAAUCUAGUUGGUUAUAUAUACUUGGAUAAUGUCUCAAUACCAGAACGCUAUCAAAUGUAUCAAAAUCUUAUAAAUAUAAACUAUAACUCUUAUCCAAUGAGUUUGAAAUGGAAAGAAACUAAGAAUGGAUUAUCAAAACCUUUAAAGCGAGUUACCCAGGAUAUUUUGGAAGAAAAAAAAUAUACUGGAAGUAAUUUAUCAAAUAUAUCAAUGGCAGGUCUUUCUUCUAAUUCUUACUCAAAUUGGAAAAGACUUUCACUUUCAACUAGGCUACUGAUUUCAAAUAUUGUGAGCUAUAGUUAUACAAAUCCUUUGGUUAUGUGUGAUAUUGUGCUAAGUCAGUGCUAUGUAUAUGAUAAUAUGAUCCCUCUUCUAGUAGAAAUUGUAGCUAAGCAAAUUGAUACUUUUUGUUUAGAUAUAAUGGUUUAUUCAAUUGUAUGCUUUAUCUUAAAGAGACCCACAAGUCUUCUUAAUAAUAGCUCCAAAAAGAUUCUUGAGAACAAUUUAAAAAUAUCAAAUAGUGGUAUUGCACACUUUGGAGCUCAUCUAUUUAAGAAACGAGUAAUACCCAAAGAGGUACUUGUAAAUUUUAUAUAUACUCUGUUAUAUCGUAUUGAUGAAACAUUAAACCAUCCAUUAUAUCCUCAUGAACUAUACAACAACUUCAUGGAUAUAUUUUUUUGGGAGCAAAUGUUAGAGGUUCUUUUAAACAUACCUAAAUUUGACUUGUCCGUCCUGACAACCAAACAAGUCAAUGCCUUAGCUGGAGGCCGUUUAUUGUUUCAGCAACUCUUGGGAGAUUAUGAUUACUUUGAAUAUUUUGAUACUGAUUAUAGCAUAUUAUGUGCUAUGCCAAAUAACAACUUACAAUCAAUGAACUUAUUGGCUAAAAUUAAAGAUAUUAGGACAAGUGAAACUUUAAUUGCUAAGGAAACUGAAUAUGAAUUAAAAAGUACACCAAAAUAUACUAAUGUAAAUGAGACAUCAAAUUGUGAAGUUCACAGAGAAUCUUUUAACUCAACUGGAGAAGCUUUAAUCAGCAUUUUUUCUGAAAAUAGUGUCAUGAGCAAAGAACUUUUAUAUAGAAUAGCGAAGUUACGUUUGGAAGCUUUGUGGGAUGUUCCCACUUGUAAAUUCGAUGUUAAAUUGAUUACCCAAAUAUCGGAUGAAAUUCACUGGUGUUGUAUUCAGCUCAUUGAAUUUUUAACAACAUCAUUUUCUAGUGAAGUAUAUAGAUAUCGAGUACUAAAUUUGGAAAAUGAUAUUUUCAGCAUUAAAAAUACUAUUUCAGAGAUAUUUAGGUACUUAGAUUCACCAAUAGCUUGGUUUUUCCUUAGACAUGGCUUAUUUUGUGAUAAAAGUGAGGAUAGUAAGGAAUCUACCAAUAUAGAAGAUAUUACUGUUGAUGAUACUGGAAUAUCCAGUUUAUCUUGUCUGAUCCCUUUUGACAAAAUUUUGGAUACUGAACCCACAAUUGUAAAUUGCCUAAGGGAAUAUAUUUCUGAGGGAAAUUUAUUAUUGUCUACUUCUUUAUUGGAUAUAAACAUGACUGAUUUUUAUCUUAGUUUUUGGUUUUUGAGACUCUCAGAUCUAUUUAUCCCAAAAACAGAAUAUUUUUCAGUUUUGACAGAAUUGUACAAUAAUAUAAUGGAUUGUUAUUUAAAUAUUGAGAAGAUUGGACGUCCUAAUCAAUCUUUAAUAGCUAGUAAUCAUUUUUCGAAAUUUCCAGUAACUUUUAAUGAACCUAAAGAUAUUCCUUGUAUACCUGCCUUACAACCUUUACCAACAAGUUCCAUUUCAAGACAGCUUCGUGAUACUAGGAAGCAAUUUGAAAACAAAUAUAAACAGUUAUCAGUUCAAUAUUAUCGGUUAGCUAUUGAGUUUGAAGAAAUUUCCAGAAGGAGAACAAAGGCAAUUAACUGGCUUGACAAACUUGUACUACCAAAGCUAAGGUCUCUAUUUGAUACCAAAGUAGUAGCACUAUGUUUGGAGUCCAAAUCUGAAACAUGUGUCUGUAAUUUUGAAAAAUUUGUAUUUUGGAUUUAUGAGAGUUUAAUUAUUCCACGUAUUACUCAAUCAGAAUCAGAUACUCUAUUUUGCUUUUAUUGGAUACAGAAGAUUUUAUUGGAUGAUAAACUUGGGCUAUUUGAAGGUAACAUUAAGCAUACUGGAUUAUUUUUUUCUACCCUAACCAAAAUGGUAGGAUAUUGUGUCAGAAGCUCUUCAGCUAGAGAGGCCCAAUUAAUUGGAUUAUUCAUUAAGCUUGUCUUUCAAUAUCUCUCUGAUAAUAUCAUUGAGUCUGAAUGCAAUACAAAAUCAUCUACAAAUGAGGAGUUGAAAUUAUCCUCAUCUGAAGAAUGUUUUCAAAAAAAGGGAAUAUUUGAACUAUCUCUCAUCCAAGAGUGCGAACUAAACAUUUUAGCAUCACUUUCUCUUGGUUUAGGAAUACUAUCAGAGAGUAGGAAUAUCAAACCGGAUUGGAUUGAUACACGGGGAUGUGUUUGGACUCUCCUACAUUGUAGUGAUUCAUUCCCAGUUUCUUAUAAAACUGGGAAUUAUCUAUUGAAAAUCAUUCCAAAUAUUAUUCAAUAUAGUACUGAAAAACAGUGGAAUGAUUUAACUCUUUCAAUCACAUCUUUAAAUCUAAAGCUUAAGCAAAGAACAAAUUUCUGGAUCCGUUCUAGUACAGAUAUUGAUGUUAAUUCAACUAUAGAAAGUGAAGAUACAGACAAUGAAAAACCAAAUACUUUAAAUAGUAGCUCUCAUAAUUCAAGUAAUAUAGAUACUGCAUCUAAAACUACUUCAGGAGAUUCUAGGAAUGUGAAAAGAAACAGUGAUAAAAACUCUUUAGUUGCAAUAAAUAAUAGAGAUUCUUCACCUUAUCAUAGCGAUUCAAAAAGAGCAAGGUACUCUUCAAUCCCUGGAAGCUCAAAAAGUUACACAUAUUCAUCUCAUUCCAGAGAUGGCUAUAGGAGAAGUUAG